AAAGUGUCUAAAGUGGUAAAUUGAAAUGUGUUAAUUAUGUGGAUCGUGCAUUGUAGCGCUUGCUCGGUGUGUAGGGGGCUUCCUGUCGCAAGAUCCUGGAGAUAUGUAGUCCAAGGAAAAAUUCCCACGUCACAAGCGAAAGCGACACAGACAGGCCGCAGGAUGGAAUAUAUUCAGGCAAGCAGGCAGGCACUGCUGGGCAUCACCAAAAACGGCAACUGCAAGAAAUGCGAUGAAUCUGAGGCACACGAAACCUUGGAGCAUCUCAUCUGUAAAACACCUAGGUGCCCCAGUACUGGCAUCACUUGCACAUGCCUCCAUAUGUGGCCAAGUGAACCACCAAGCUCCACCGAAUGAACUCAAGAGUCUUGUAGAACUCGGCCCAAAGGACCAGCAACUGGUCGUGGAUGCAUACGCCAAUGCGCACCACAGCGUAUGGGGAAGCCCCUACAUAAACGACAGAGAGACCAUGCAUGAAGAAAAUGUAUGUACACAAAAAUCACAAAAAGUAUAUCACAAAGACCAUAAAUCGAAUGGAACUUCAAAUGAAACUAGCAAUAAAUCAGUUAGCUUAUUCAACAAAAAAAAUGAUGACAGUGAAUACGACUUGGUACCACCUGAUGGUGGCUGGGGUUGGCUAGUGCUUUUGGGCUCGUGUUUGACCAAUAUCCUCAUUCCUGGCACGAUAAAAAGUUUCGGUGUUCUAUUCGUUGAAUUCACUGAAGCCUUCAACUCCUCGCCUACAAAGGCUUCCUGGAUACCAGCGUUGUGCUACUUUCUCUAUAGUUCGUUGGGUCCUGUGUCAAGUAUCCUUUCCGUCAAAUAUUCAUAUCGAACCGUUACUCUCCUGGGCGGAGCGUCAGCAUCUUUAGGUAUGAUACUUUCAUUCUGGGCAUCAUCGAUUGGGUACCUGUAUAUCAGUUAUGGCGUGCUUGUAGGCAUUGGUGCCGGUCUUUCCUUCCCACCUACAGUGUAUAUUGUGACUUCAUACUUUGCGAAAUUACGGGGAUUGGCGAACGGUCUGUGCAUCUCAGGGAGUGCACUCGGCAGCAUCAUUCUUCCUCCACUUUUGCGCUGGUUACUUGAGACCUAUGGUUAUCAUGGAUCGUGCCUCAUAAUGGGGGGCAUUACCCUCAAUGUGUUUGUAGCUGCUCUUUUUUAUGAGCCUGUGGAACAACACAUGGUACGUGUUCUACGUGCCCGCCAGACUUUGGAAGACAUACCUGAAGAAGAGGACAUUGGAAUAGUGAUGAAAUUCGAGAACGUUGACGAUAACGUAGUAGGCCAGGAGCAAGCUGAUAAGCACCUACUACCCCAUAACUCGCCACUCCCCCUAUAUCUACCAGAGGAUGAGAAACAGCUGUUCGUCCGUAGUGCUUCCGCAGCUGUUGUUCAAAGUUACUCCAAGCCUGGUGAUGAAUUCCAAUCUCGAACUCGAAAAAUAAGUACCCCAGUGAGGUUGCCGCAAAGGAAUCAAACCUUUACGCCCGGCCAACUGAACUCACAAUCUUCUUUGUAUGCUGUACCGGAGACUCGCUCUAGUUCAAACAAACUCUCUCUUAGAAAUUCCUCAAAGUCGAGACUCUCUAAGCGUUCGCCAUCAACUAGUAGCUUUCUGUAUGUUAGCACACCAUAUCACGGUAGUACUUUGUCAUUCCAGCCAAAGGAAUUUUCUUCGCACAUGUCUCUUCGUUCAAUGGGCAGUAACAGCGGAGCGGGCGUGGUAAGUGACUCUUCGUGUCCAGAAAUGUCUGGCACUACCGAUGCAGCUCGGGGUAAGGCACAAGCACCACAACGGUCAAAGUUUUUCGAUCUUAGCUUGCUAAGGGACCCGAUGUACUUAGUCAUACUAAUCUCUAAUUCGACAAAUGCCAUCAGCUACACGAAUUUUAUAAUUUUGCUUCCAAGUUUUGGAGAAGCCAGAGGCUUUAACAAAUCUUUAUCAGCGUACCUACUAUCCGUUGUUUCCGCCACGGAUCUUAUCGGUCGUAUUGGAGGCUCAGCACUUUCUGACAUGGGGUACAUACCUAAGACGUGGUACUUUGUUGGAGGCUUGUCUAUAUCGGGUCUUUCUCUUGCAUUGCUGCCAUUUGCAUGGUCAUACAGCUCAGUUUGUUUCUGGUGUGCCCUCUUCGGUCUUGCUUCUGGAAUCUACGUGGGGAUAACGGCUGUGAUCAUGGCAGAUAUGUUAGGUACCGAACGGUUAACGUCAUCCUAUGGCAUCAGCCUUUUUGUUAACGGCUUGUUGCAGUUAGUUGGUCCGCCGCUUUGUAACUUCUGGUUUGAGGCGGUCAAUGACUAUAAUCCGCUCUUCCAUGCUUUAGGACUGACGCUGCUGGCUGGGGCCAGCCUUUGGAGCUUUAUGCCAUGGAUAAAUCGACGAAAGGCUAAAAAAGAAAGAAAACUCGAUACGCUACAAACCGAUGAAGAGGCCGUCGAUAGCUACUAAACAAACAUCAGGCACAAAACACUGACCGUAUAAAAAACGUACAACUAAAAUUAUUUAUUAGGCUUUAAAUGGCGUACAAACAGUGAUGAAAAUACAUACUUGUAAAUGCGUUUACCGGCCAGAACUAUAAAACAAACGUUUUGACCGCUGUUAAAUUGUUACUUCCAGCAGUUUUGUCUUACUGUUAAGUCGUAACUAUAACAUUGUAUAAUUACCAUAACUAUUGUUUACUUAAUGCUAAUAAUAUAAUAGCCUAGGCAGUAUAAAAAUUAAUAAU